UAUAUUGUACAAACAUCAUACAGAAGUUUUUUACAAGAGCAAUAUGUACUUUUUAAAACUUAAUUCAUUAUUUACUUUUUUUUUCUAUUUACCAUUGCGAUUCUGUAGAUAACAGAGUGAAUGGAGAGUAAACAAGGUUAUCUCGUAACCCCGAGUGUUUUUAUGGUUUAUUUAAUAGUAAACCAGUUAUCGGUAAUACCAAGGUCGCGUGUAAUGACACUAUCUCAAUUAUUUUAUUGCUCAGCAGCUUGCACGUCUGUAAUUGCUGAAGUAACACUGACAUUAAAUAAUUUCCAACAGUGUUAUAUAUCUUUCUUGAUUAGAUGGUUGGAAAGUAUCUCUUGAUUAAAUUAAAUUAUAAUUUCCUAUAAAAUGGAGAAAGAAGUUUAUUUCAUUGGUGUCGACGUAGGAUCCGGCAGCGCAAGAGCAGCACUUGUUGACCAGAAAGGACAUGUCUGUUCCACUUCAGUAAAGGAAAUUCAGACCUGGAAACCAAAGGUGGACUUCUAUGAGCAGUCCUCUAACGACAUAUGGAAUUGCUGUGAAUAUGUCAUUAAGAAUGUUGUCCAGGGAGUGGAUCCAAUAAGCAUAAAGGGAAUUGGAUUUGAUGCAACAUGCUCGCUUGUUGCCCUAGAUAAGCAAUUCAACCCUUUAGCAGUGAGUGAUUCUUACAACAAUGAGCAAAACAUAAUAAUGUGGAUGGACCACAGGGCUCAGGCUGAAGCAGACUUCAUAAACAACACAAAUCAUGAAAUACUCAAAUAUGUGGGAGGAAAAGUCAGUUUAGAAAUGGAAAUUCCAAAACUACUCUGGUUAAAAAAACAUUCAAUCAACUGGUCUGAGUUUGGUUACUUUUUUGAUCUGCCAGAUUUUCUUACAUGGAAAGCCACAGGAUCCCUGAGCAGAUCUCUGUGUUCCUUGGUCUGCAAAUGGAAUUAUGAGUGUUCUGUUGAUGGUAAACAGGGUUGGAAUGUAGAUUACCUAAAGAAAGUGGGAUUGGAAGACUUAAUUGAGGGUAACUUCAAAAAGAUUGGUGAUAAAGUUUUGAUGCCUGGUGAGCACUGUGGAGGGCUCUCACCUGAAGUUGCUAAAGUCUUGGGUUUAUUGCCAAAUACUCCUGUAGCAACAUCUAUUAUUGACGCACAUGCUGGUGGUCUGGGGAUGAUUGGAACAGAUGGUGAUGGUAUAGAUAAGGAGAUGUCUACUCGUCUUGGACUGAUCUGUGGCACAUCUACAUGUCACAUGGCUGUGAACAAGAAGGCUGUGAUGGUGCAAGGGGUGUGGGGUCCGUACUUCAGUGCCAUGGUCCCAAACAUGUGGUUGAAUGAGGCAGGGCAGAGUGCAUCAGGGAUGCUGUUAGAUCAUGUCAUUUCAAGCCAUCCUGCAGGCAUUGAGCUGCUUAAAAAGUACUCUACAGGAGAGGUCCGUAACCACUUAAGAGACUUGAUGACUAUAAUGGCAAAGAACCAAGGCCUCUUUGACAUUAGUUUGCUGACAAAAGACUUCCACAUGUGGCCAGACUAUCAUGGUAACCGUUCACCCUUGGCUGAUUCACUUAUGAAGGGCAUGAUUAGUGGCCUUUCCAUAUCUAAGAAUGAGGAGAACUUGGCAGUGCUGUAUCUAGCCACUUUACAAGGUCUUUGUUAUGGUACCAGACACAUUGUUGAUGCAUUAGUGUUGGCCGGAUAUGAUCCAUUUAAAUCAUUGCUUAUCUGCGGAGGAAUAACGAAAGAUCCACUCUUCGUCCAAAUACAAGCUGACACCACAGGGCUAUCCAUUAUGAAGCCACAUGAAAAGGACUCCGUUCUAGUUGGUGCAGCAAUUCUAGGGGCCUGUGCUUCCAAAUAUUUUAAGAAUAUGGAUGAAGCCAUUCAAAACAUGGGGGGGAAAGCUGAUGUGAUAAGACCAAAUUUGAAUAUCAAGUCAUUCCAUGAUAAAAAAUACAAUGUGUUCCUUAAAAUGUUUCAAGAUCAAUUAGUUUAUAGAUCACUUAUGAAAUAAGGAUAAUUAUAUAUGAUAUGUAUUUGUGUAGAGGGGAAAUUAUGUAUUGUAAUUUAUAAUGUUGUACUCAUCAGAAGUUUUUUAUGCCACUUUUCGGCUCGAUAUAAAGUUACCGAAUAACAAGAACUUCCUUUCAUUGCCUUC